CUCUCUUCUAUAUACUGCGUAAAUCCUCUACCAGGAGUCCAGGACCCAUGGCCUUACCUAAUUAGACACCUCACCUUUCUCUCUCUACCUCACCCAGAGGUACCGGCUCAAUUCCUUCCUCUGCCUUGGUCCAGCAAUUUCCCAGCUCCCAAUUCCUCUUCAACCCCCUCUCUCACACCUCUGUCCAGCUCUUUCGCCACGGUUCAGAGCUUCCCAACCUGUAGAUAUCACGACGGCAUUUCCGUGUCGUUUCGUGCGUCAUUCGUACUCUUGUUUCGGCUUUCCUUUCAACUAUUUUGUUGCCAUCGUUCUGUUGAUUUCCCCCGCGGUGAAAGUUUAAGCUUUCCCAAACAAGGAAAGUCAAGCAGCAAGGAGAAGGGGAAAAGGACAAGAAGCAAAGAAGAAGAAAAAAAAGGAGACGACCAAGCAAGACACCACCGCGUACGACGUGUCGCAAGGUAAGUCACAACAACCAAGCACCAAAUUUGUCCUUCUCCGGCCUCAAUUGUCGUCUUUUGAGACCUCAAUGCAGCUCUGCAUAACCAUCUCAGAGACCUUCUUACCACCCCAGGAAUGCUGGAAUGCUGUGGCUCUCACCACAAUGUUGCUCUUCCGCCUACUUCCCUCCUUCGUCUCUCCCAAUUCCUGCAGCCACCCGAGAUCCCUUCCCCAACACUUCCUCAUGAACUGCCUUAGCUGACCUGGAUAACGCGCAAGCAGAACCGCCCGAACGACGACACCCUCUCCUCCUCCCGGACGUCCCACCAUCGUCUACAAUCAUGUCCGACGCCGGUAGCUUCGAGGUCGUCCAGCACGACGAGGCCCCCAAACCCGCCGCCGCUGCUGCCACCACCUCGCCGAGCACAAAGUCCACCGCCUCAGCUGCCUCUUCCCUGAAGAAGCCCGCUUCGAGCUCUGGAACCACCGCCGCUGCCCGCCGCCCGACAACGUCCACCUCGAGCACCGGAAAGCCUGCGAGCACCACCUCCUCCACUACCUCUCGUGUCGCCGGCGGCCUGACCAAGCCUCCUACCCGCCCCCCCGGAAGCAGCUCCAGCACUGCCAGCAGCACCGUCCGCAAGCCCGCGAGCGCCUCCUCCACGGCCACCCACCGCUCGAGACCCAGCGUAUCCGCCUCCGAGGACGAAUCCAAGAGGACCGCCCGCCGCACCUCCACUGUUCCCAGCAGCAGUGCCGCCUCCCCGAGCAAGGAGAGAAGGACUUCCACCCUUGGUACCGCCACGGCCGCCGCCAGGAAACCUGCCAGCUCCACCAGCAGCUCGUCCGCCGCUCCGCGACUCUCCUCGACGACAUCGCGCACCCCGAACUCGGUAGCCCCGCGUCCCUCCUCGAUCAGCUCCCGCUCCUCCGCCGCCACCGGUACCGGCGCCGUUGCCGAGGCCAAGAAGCGCCUGUCCACCGCCUCCACCUCGACCACCUCCUCCGCCGCUCCCAGACGGUCGAUCCGCCCCGAUUCGUCCGGCGCCUCCGAGGCCCUUGGAAAGGAGGUCGAAUCUCUCAAGGCCCAGCUCACCGAGAAGGAGACCCAGCUCGCGGACAAGGAGUCGCAACUGAACGAGCUCAAGACACAGGUCCAGCAGACCCAGGACAAGCUCACCCAGUACACCGACGGGGUGAACAGAGAUGCCGUUCAGCAGAGCGACUACACUGAGGCUGUUGCCGCCAAGGAAGCCGCCGAGGCCGAGCUUGCCUCGAUGAAGCAGUCCCUCGAAACGCUCCAAGCGGAGCACGACGAGAAGCUCAAGGAAAGCGAGUCCGCCCUGGCCAAGGCCUCGGAGGAGCACGCCGCCAAGCUCGAGGAGCUGCAGAGCUCCCUGACGGACCAGCACAAGUCUGCUAUUGACGCUCUUGAGGCCAAGCACAGCGAGGCGCUCAGCCAGGGCCAGUCCGCCUCCGCCGACAGCGAGGAAGCGCUGUCCAAGAUGAAGGACAGCCACGAGACCGCCAUCGCCGAGCUCCAGAAGAAGAUUGACGAGCUCACCGCCUCCCAAACCGAGCUCGAGGCCGCGCACGAGAGCAAGGUCUCUGCCGAGGUCGAAUCGCACAACACCAAGCUCGCCGCCGUUGAGGGCGAGAUCGCCGAGCUCAAGACCAAGCUCGAGGCUGCCGAGAAGACAGCAGAGCAAGCCAAGGCUGACCUCGACGCCAAGACGGCUGAGCUGGCCGAGGUCCAGGCCAACGUCGCCGACCUGGAGAGCAAGCUUGCGGCCGCUGAGACCGACGUCGCCAAGGCCAAGGAGGAGGCUCUCGAGUUCCAGAAGCAGAUUGACAGCAUCAAGGAGGAGAUCACUGCCAAGGACGAGGCCCUGGAGAAGGCCAAGGCGGAGCACUCGGCCCAGGUCAAGAAGCACGACGCCGAGCUCAAGCAGAUUUCUCAGGACUACGAGGAGGAGAUUGAGUCCCUCAAGGGAGACGCCUUCUUCAAGCGCAAAUUCCAAGAUCUCGAGGUCAAGCACACCGAGCUCGAGACUGAGCAUGGCGACCUGAAGAACAAGCACACCGAGCUGGAAUCGCAGCACAGCGACCUCACCAACAAGCACGGCGAACUGGAGUCGAAGCACACCGAGCUUACCACAAAGCACGGCGAACUCGAGACCCAACACGGCGAUCUUUCCAAGAGCCUCGCUGACGGCACCGAGACAAGCACCAAGGCUCUCGAGGCGGCCAAGGCUGAGCUUGCCGCCGCUGUUGCUGCCUUGGAAGCACGGGAGGCCGAGCACCAAAAGGCGCUCGACGCUAUUCGCGCUAGCCACGCCGAGGAGCUGGAGGGUGCCAAGAGCGGAGCUUCUGCCGACAAGGACGCUCAGCUUGCCGAGCUCCAGAGCCUGAAAGACAGCCACGCGAAGCAACUCGAGAUCCUCAAGACCGACAGCGAGGCCAGCCUUGCCAAGGAGCUCGAGGCUCUCAAGGCCUCUCACUCUGAAGUUGUCGAGGCUCUCCACGCGGAGACUGCCGGCGACAAGGAGAAGCUGCUCGCCGAAAUCGCUGCCGAGAGAGAGAAGGCCUUGGCGGAGAGCACUGGUAACAAGGAAGAGCUUCUUGCUGCCCACAAGGAGGAGCUCGAGUCCAUCACCAAGAAAUUGCGUGCCGAUCACGAAGCCGAGCUUGCUGAGCUCAAGGAGAAACUGGCGAGCUCCCACGAGGCUGAGCUCGAGGAGGUCAAGACUAAGCUGCAGCAGUCGCACCAGGCUGGAAUCGAGGAGGCCAAGGCCAAGCUUGCCGAGGCCCACCAGGCCGAGCUGGCUGCCGCGAAGCAGGCUGGCGACAGCGCGCACACCGAGGAGCUCUCUACCCUCAAGCUCCAGCUCGACGAGGCCCUAACCCGCAUUCGUGAGACCGAGACGUCGAGCGCGGCUGCUCUUGCCGAGGCCAAGAGAAACCUCGACGACUCUCACUCGGCCGAGGUUGAGAAGCUCAUCUCUAGCCACGCCGAGCAGCUUGAGGCACUGAAGCAGCAGAGCUCCUCUGGAGCCCGGGCUGAGCUCGAAGAGAUCAACAAGGCUCACUCCAAGGUUGUAGAGGAGCUGACUAGCCAGUAUGAGACCAGAAACGAGUCGCUUGCCAAAGAGAUUGAGAAGAUCUCGGCCGAUGCCUCCAAGCUUGAAUCUGCCCUCCAGGCUGCCAAGGCGUCCGUUGCCCAGGCAGAGGCUGACAAGACCAAGACCCAGGCCAGCGCGGCCGAGCUCGAGGCUGCUCUCUCCGCUGCUAAGGACUCCAUCAAGAAGGCCGAGACGGAGAAGGCCAGUCUCGAGGAAGAGCUCGGCGAGCUCGGUGCCAUGAUCUCGGUUGAGAAGAUGGCGCGCGCCGAGGCUGAAGCGGCUCUCGAUGCCGUCAAGAACAAGACGCCCGACACUGCCGAGGCGGAUAACCUCCGUGAACAAUUGAACAACACCAAGAAGGGGCUUGAGCAGGAGCUCACUGUCGUGCAAAAGAGCCUCACCAUUGCCAAGCAGGAGGUCGAGGACGUCAAGGAGGACCUGCUGCUCGCGCAAAAGGAGCUCGAGGCAUCUCAGUUUGAGGCCGACAAGCAGCUCAAAACCUACAAGGCCGACUACGAGGAGCUCAACGACACGAUGACCAAGAUUGUGGAGGAGGAGCAGGCCAAGCGCAGAGCGCUGGAGGAGCAGGUUGAGAGCCUGAGAAAGUCAUUAGCCGACAAGGAGAAGGGCGUUGAGGAGUUCCAGGCGCAACUCAAGGUCAAGGAUGCCGAGAUUGCAGAGGCCAAGGCCAACGCAUCGGCUGCCAAGCCUAAGGGACUUGCGGCCAGCAGAUUUGCCGUUGGCGACGACGAAGACGACGAGGCGGACGGCUCAGCGGCCAAGCCCGCGGAAGGUGAGGAAGAAGACCAUUCCUCCGAGGCACUGGCUGUGCUACAACGAGCUAGAGUCAACGCGAAUCAGAUCCACAACAUGGACCGCGACAUGCAGGAGAAGAACCUAGCCAUGCUGGAGUCCAUUACGGAUUUCCAGCAAUCACCGCACCUGAACAACAACAAUAACAACUAGAUGCUGCCCAGUACGCUUUCGAGAGAACGACAGGCAACUUAAGGACAGAAAAAAAAAAGGGCAAAAAUGUCUGGGUUGGCUAGUAGGCUUGUCACUGGCCUGACAGCUCCCGCAACACAACGCAACGCAAGGCUCGUUGGCCGCUUCUCCUCGCCCACCCCGCCUGGUCGGGACCGAGGUUUCUUGUUUUAAUGCACAGCACGGGGGUUUUUACAUUGUUUGGCGCGUCUAGUAGAAAUGGCAAAAAAGUAUUGCACUUGCUCGACUAUAGACGCGCUGGCAAUGGAAAGGGAAGAGAAAGUGCUUGUUUUGCGUACUGGUACUCAAAUUGAUUUGCAGGAGAUGGAUAGAGAGAAUGGGGAGAGACAGCCGACUGUUGUCGUGCUGUAGGUGCUGACGCUGUGCUGUGUAGCGUGUCAAAAUAGUUUGGCAUGCGGUUGAGUGUGUGUAUGUAUGUGUGUGUAAUUAUUUGGAGGAAUUUGCGUGUGACGGGACGAGGUAGCAAUGGACGAUACCCCC